GGUGACUGACUUGAACUCGAUACUUUAACUUAUCGAGCUGGUUGAGUGGGCAUGUCGCAGCCUACUGCACCUCCGCCUUCAAAUUCAAAUGCCACCAUUCAAAACCAGCACACCAUUCGAAUUCUACUGGCAACCGACAACCACAUCGGUUACCUCGAGAGAGAUCCAGUACGAGGGCAAGAUUCAAUAAAUACAUUCAAAGAAAUACUACAACUCGCGAAGAAACACGACGUUGACUUUGUCCUUUUGGCUGGCGACCUUUUCCAUGAAAAUAAACCAUCAAGGGAUUGCUUGUAUCGAACGAUUGCUCUACUGCGAGAAUACACAUUGGGGGAUAAACCGAUUCAGGUUGAGCUUUUGAGUGACCCCGACGAGGGAAAGGUAGAUGGGUUUUCUUUUCCGGCGAUCAAUUACGAAGAUCCCAACUUCAAUGUCGCCGUACCGGUAUUCUCUAUUCACGGAAAUCAUGACGAUCCACAAGGAGCCGGAGCAGAAGGCGCCCUUUGUGCUCUUGACGUUCUCUCCGUCUCUGGGUUGAUAAAUUACAUGGGAAAGUUCGAUCUGCCGGUCUCAGAUGCGGAUGCUCAGAACACAGGUAUCGCUGUCCGUCCGGUUCUUCUACGCAAAGGUAACACGUACUUGGGGAUGUAUGGCAUCGGGAACGUCAAGGAUGCUCGCCUUCACUUUGAACUACGGAGUAAUCGCGUGAGAAUGUUCAUGCCACGGGAUAAAGAGAAUUGGUUCAAUAUCCUUUUGUUGCACCAAAAUCGGGUGAAACAUGGCCCCCAAGAAUUUGUUCCCGAAGGCAUGUUUGACGACAGUAUCGAUUUGGUCAUCUGGGGUCACGAACACGACUGUCGAAUCAUCCCGGAACCUGUCGCUGGAAAGAAUUAUUAUAUCUCACAGCCUGGAUCGUCAGUCGCAACCUCGUUGGCCGAUGGGGAAUCAAUAGAAAAACACGUCGCGUUAGUAUCUAUUCAAGGCAAAGAUUUUCAACUUACUCCUAUUCCUCUACGAACCGUUCGACCAUUUGUGAUCGAGGAAGUGGUUUUAAGUGAGCUUGCAGAUGAGGAGGGGUUUGAUGUAUCGGAUCAGAUUGCUAUAUCUAAAAGUCUGAAGAGCAAGGUCAAUAUAUUGAUUGAACAAGCCAACCAACUCUGGGACGAUCGUAACGCGAAGGCAAAGGCCGAUGGAGAAGAAGAGGUGCCUCGAAUGCUGCCCCUUGUCCGGCUCAAAGUAGAUACGACUGGAGUUAGUGAAACGUUCAAUCCUAUUCGAUUCGGUCAAGAAUUUCAAGGUCGUAUCGCCAAUCCUCGCGACGUCCUCGUAUUUCAUCGGGCGAAGAAGGCUGCAAAGCGUGCUGCCAAAGUGGACCUCAACCAUCCAGAACUCAGUAUUGACGAUCCAGAUUUGACUGUAUCCGAAAAGCUUGCGAGGGUUCGCGUGGGUAACCUUGUGAAGGAGUACCUGGGAGCCCAGCAGCUACAGCUGUUGGGAGAAGGCGGUAUGUCAGGUGCGAUUCAGAUGUUCGUGGAGAAGGAUGAUAUUCAUGCAAUCCAGAGCCAUGUAAAGAAAACCGUAAACUCUGCAGUAGGCGGCGUUGUGAUCCAAGCUCAAGGAGAGGAAGCAGAUAUUGACGAAGACAAACUUGAGGAGCUGGCUGCUGAGGCUAAGGCACGAGCAGAAAAGGUAUAUGCAGAAGAAAUCGCUCAGGGAAAGACUUCUAAAUCAAAGGGAAAAGGAAAAGCGCAGGAGUCUGAUGCCGAAUCCGUUGAUUCGAUGAUGAUGGACGUUGACACUGGGGGAAUCGGUAGAGGCUCAGACUUCGAGGAGGAAUCGGACGAGGCUCCUCCACCUAAGAAGAAAGCGCCCACCAAGAAAGCAGCUGCAAAGAAAGCUCCUGCAAAAGCGACAACGAAAAAGGCUCCCCCGAAGAAGAGAGGGAAAAAGGCUGUAGUCCGUGUUUUCUUCUAUAUGCCGUCAUUGAUUUGAUGUAGACAAUCUGUCAGAGCGAAGACGAGGAGGACGAAGCUAUCGAGUUAUCGGAUGACGACGACGAAGAGGAGGAAGAGCCUAAACCCAAGAAGAGAACCAACCGAGCGGCAGUCCUAAGUCAACCCGCAGUAAAAAAGGCACCCGCAAAGAAGAAAGCCGCACCCGCUCCCAAACAAGCGCAACUGACAUUCGCACCCUCGGGUCGGUCUUCGAGGGCAGCCGCUACCAAAGCGAGGGGGAGGAUGGUGAUUGAUGACGACGACAGUGGCUAACUGUGCACGCCUGAGUGAGGAGAAGACUAAUUAGCUUAAACAACAUCACAAAUAAUAAUUGAACAGAUUUGAG